AGGCCUUUCCCAGUCAAGCCGAGGAGCGUGCGCAACGAAAACCCAAAUCGAGUUCCCUUCCCAGGAGUCUCCUGUCUCCCUGAGAAGAAGGGGGAAGACAGCUUGUGCUUCGACAAGCGCCAGCCCUAGCGCAGCCCCCCGGCGCCGGCGACGGCGAUGAGCCUUGGAGCCGAGGUAAUCGAGCUCUCCAGCGACGAAGAGGAGGAGCCCGUGCCCAGCACCACCGCCCUAGCUCGCCACGCCCCCUCCUCUCCUCCCGACGUCAAGCCGCACCUGUUCGCCGACGUCGAUGUGAAGCCACUGCUGCUCCCGCCGCCGCUCCACCCCCCGGGCUACGGCGCGCUCGUGCCCGUGAAGACCGAGGAGCCCGUGCCCGUGCCCGUGGCCACCGUCUCGCCGCCGCCCAGAGCGCUCCCGCCGCCGCGCCUCUGCCGCCAGUUCUGGAAGUCCGGCGACUAUGUCGUCGCGCGCCGCAACCCCGACGCCGACGUCCCCGGUGGGCGGAACCGGUUGCGGAUAAACCCCAAGUUCCUGCACUCGAAUGCGACUUCCCAUAAGUGGGCCUUUGGCGCCAUUGCCGAGCUCCUUGACAAUGCAAUCGAUGAGGUGAACAAUGGGGCAACAUUUGUCCGUGUUAAUAAAUUUAAAAACCCACGGGAUGGGAACCCCUCAUUGUUGGUUCAAGAUGAUGGAGGGGGGAUGGAUCCUGAGGCACUUAGACGUUGCAUGAGCUUUGGAUUUUCGGAUAAGCAGUCUGAUGCUUUCAUUGGGCAAUAUGGCAAUGGUUUCAAGACUAGUACGAUGCGGCUUGGAGCAGAUGUGAUAGUUUUUACACAAAACCAAAAUAACUGGGUGCCAACUAGAAGUAUCGGCCUUCUUUCUUACACAUUUUUGAUGGAAACAGGUUGCGAUGAUGUGUUGGUGCCAACGGUAGACUAUCAGUAUGAUCCCACAACAACUUCUUAUGUUCAGAUGUUGCGUCAUGAUCAGAAGCUAUUCUCUUCUAAUUUGGCAAUCCUUCUCAAAUGGUCCCCUUUUGCUAGUGAAGCUGAGUUGCUUAAACAAUUUGAUGAUAUGGGAGAUCAUGGAACAAAGAUAAUUGUAUUCAACCUUUGGUUCAAUGAUGAUGGGGAUAUGGAGCUUGAUUUCAACUCUGACAAAAAGGAUAUCCUCAUUACUGGGGCCCACAAGAUGGUGAAAACAAAUAAUCCAGAGAAGAUUGCUGCUCAGAAAUACGUCUCAACUCGGCUUCGCUUUUCUCUUAGAGCAUAUGCAUCUAUCUUGUAUCUUCAUGUACCCGAUACUUUCAGAAUUAUCCUGCGUGGACGUGAUGUGGAGCCACAUAAUAUAGUUAACGAUUUGAUGUAUCGUGAGUGCGUGUUGUAUAAACCACAACUUGCUGGACUUACAGAGUCAUCUGUAAUCACAACCAUUGGGUUUGUUAAAGGUGCACCAGACAUAGAUGUACAAGGGUUUAAUGUAUAUCACAAAAAUCGUUUAAUAUCGCCCUUCUGGAAAGUUGCAAACAACUCAUACGGGAAAGGGCGAGGAGUUGUUGGCAUUCUGGAGGCCAACUUUAUUAAACCUACCCAUGACAAGCAGGAUUUUGAGAAGUCAGUCCUCUAUCAAAGGCUUGAGAUUCGCUUGAAAGAAAUGACUUAUGAAUACUGGGACCUUCAUUGCCAUCGUGUUGGUUAUGACAAUAAAAAAUUACCUAAAGCAAUCCGUGCUGUUAAUCGCGCCAAUCAUAUGAAUGGUGGCAGUUCCCCAAUAAGUGCCCCACCUCGGUUGCUUGCAGCUGAUAUUCCAACAAGCAGCUGUGGUAUACCUAGAUUAUCAGCCUCUGCAGCAAGAGAAAAGAUCAAUAGUCUCGAUUCUCUUUCCAAGAGCCCAGCGAUGGGAUUGAAGAGGAAGUUUAAUUCCUUCAGUGCUAUGGCGGGCAGUGCUGAUCAGGAUGGGCUAGAUCAUAUGGAUAAAGUAGAUGUUUCUCAACGGAAACGGUUUAAUGAAUACAAAACUUUGACCCUGGAGAAUGACAAGUUGCGCAAUGAAUGCUUACAAUACGAGGAAUCAGAGAAACAACUUGUCCUGAAGGAACAAAAGCUCCGAUCUGAAAUUGCCGAGGCAGAAAAGAAGUACCAGGAAUUGUUAGUAGAGCUCAGAUCACUGGACGUGAAGAAAGAGAAAUAACGAACUCUCCACUUCAUUGCCUGCUAUACAAUGGAUUACUCUUGUUUCUUUGCUGACUUGUGAAGAUGAUGACUGGAUUACUUCCCGAGACCUGCAGCUGUAGUUACGGAAGAACUGGUCCCUUGGACAAAUGUUGUUAUCUACUGAUUACCAUUCACUUGGUUCCGUUGGACAGCUGUAGGUGUGUAAUUUCGUUUCACUAAUCUUCCUAGGGUCCUGUGAUGAUGGAAAGUGAGCAUGUAUUUUUUUUUGUAAAAGUAUGUAACUUUUAUCCGAGUGUACAGCAGCGGUUUUCAAUGUUAAUGGCCCUCUGUUUCCAGCAACACUGCAUCUCGGUCUCGUGUCAAUAGAGGUGUAUUUUGUUCCGGCACUCUGCAGUGGAUAGAGUUAGAAUUAGACUAUAUACAUUGUGCAGUAUGUCAAGUGACUUUUCGUACUCGUUACAGUCUUAAAUUCGUUGUGCUGUAUUAUGUUAUGUUAUUAUUUGAGACGAGGGGGUUAGUCAAGCCUUUGUUCACUCCGACAGUAGUACAUUGUAACUGUACAUGUGAUGGACUGUAUCAGCUAUUUGGUUGCUGCAUUAAUUUCAUUUUCAUUUUCAAA